AUGGACCAGGUUGGCUCUAUGGCUAACAUGGAAUCGAGUGUCCUUCGUGGCCCUAAUACGUCGUCCAGUUUAAAUAACACUGUCAUUAUGCCGUGGGGAAGCGCGUAUAUCAAGGAGGAUAUUGUCCGCAUCGUCACGCAAUGGCUAGCCGAUGAGGGUUUCGGUGCUGCACGGCAGGCCUUACUAGAAGAGGCGGGUCUCAAUCUUCGCGAGAGUGAAGAUGAGAAGAAUGAGAAAUGGAAGCUAAGGACCUGCUUGUUAGGUGCGUAUCUAACACUGACGAAAGAGGGGAACUGGGCUGAAGUAGAGAAGAUAUGUGCCAAGCCGUUUUUUAAAGGACACAAGGCUUUUUUGUAUGCGAUUUACCGGCAGCAAUUCCUAGAGAUCAUUGAGCACAGAGAGUACCAAAAGGCAUUUACAUUCCUCACAAAGCGUCUCAAACCGCUGGAACACUACCAGCCUCAUGCAGCAGAGUUUGGGGACCUGUGCUAUUUACUAUCGGCCAAGAGCGUGACAGAUGCACCUUCCUUCCGGAUGUGGGAAGGCAUUCAACCGGGACGUGAAGCUCUAGUAGCAGAGUUUUCGCCGCUUUUGGAACCGGAUCGACUGGAUCGCGAGGCUCUGUUGGAUGAUGCCCCAGGUGCAGGAUCGAAACCGCGAGACCAGACUUACGUGCCGCCUCAUCGACUGCUUACGCUUCUGCACCAGGCCGUGGCCUACCAAGUGGAGUUUGCGCGCUAUCAAAAGCGUACUGUGCCGGUGGUGUCUUCAUUGCUGCACGAUUACGCUGGCUUCGUGAUACCCAAUCGCUGCCGUAUGGCGUUGCGCGGACAUACACAGAAUGUCAAAUGUUUGCGUUUUGUGGGUGAGGAUGGCCGGAAACUAGUGAGCGGUUCAAGUGAUUGCACGGUACGCCUAUGGGACACAGAAACAGGUGGAUGUGAUGCCAUUCUGGAAGGGCACGGAAGUCGUGUGUGGGAUGUGGAUGCAACGCGGAAUGGCGCUCUUUUGGCGAGUGCAAGCAGCGAUGCCACCGUGCGAAUCUGGAGCACAGAGUCCAAACUGCCACAGCUGACACUGAGAGGCGGUUUUGGUGAUGUGUACUGCUGCCGUUUUAGUCCCAGCCAACAUCAGCUCGUGACGGGCGGGUACGACAAGCUGAUUCGUCUGUACGACCUCAAUAAUGGCACGGCCGUGCGCAUGUUCCCCGGACACCAGCUGGGCGUGUCAUCCGCGGUGUUUAGUCCUCAGGGCAGCCUUGUUAUUACAGGUGCUAAAGACACCAGUGUGCGAUUCUGGGAUACACUCAGUGGCACUUGCGUUAGGUCAUUACCUGGCCAUCUCGGGGAAGUCACUUCCGUGGAAAUGAGCGAUGAUGGCAUGCAGCUCUUGACUUCGUCGAAAGACAAUUCACAUCGACUUUGGGAUAUGCGCAUGUUGCGACCAUUGCAGCGUUUCAAGGGGCACCAGAACACGUCCAAAAACUUUAUUCGCUGUGCCUUUGCUCACCCUAGUUUGAUCGUCAGUGGCUCUGAAGACGGUUUGGUAUAUAUGUGGGGCCAAGAAAACUCACGCGUGUUGCAAACACUUGAAGGCCAUGGUAUUGAUGCACCUCUCUCCAAAUCAACACCCGAGUGGUGCACUGCCACGGACGGACCCACACACGUGAGUCGCAAGCAGGUCGUGGUUUACAGUACGGUGUGGAACAAGGUCCAGGGCUUGUUGGCGAGUUGUGCAGAUGAUGGGACAGUGAGAGUCUGGGAUUGGACAGCACCUCAUGAUACAUCCAGGUAG